GUUUAUUCCUAAACCUCUCGUUUCGCAUUCGAUUCUUGCUCAAUUUAGGCCGUCGCUCCUUAGGGCUUUACACACCUUCUGUCUGUCUCCAAUUCAAUCCAAGGCAGCGCCUUGCACCGUCUCUCUCUCUCUCUUUCCCGGUGCCGCCACACCCGCCAUGUCUCAGGUGGACAACAGAAACUCCUCUGCGGCCAAGCGUGCUAGAACUGAUGGCAGUCGUAGGGAAGAUGAUUGGACCUGCCCCAGCUGUGGCAAUGUCAAUUUUUCGUUUCGGACUACUUGUAAUAUGCGCAAUUGCACUCAACCGAGGCCAGCUGAUCAUAACUCGAAAUCUGCUGCCAAGCCUGUCCAGGCACCUCAGAAUUACUCAUCAACAGCACCUUAUGUGGGUUCAGGUCCACCUGCUUCGAUGUAUUUGGGUGUGCCACCUUAUGGUUCUUCCCUCUUCAAUGGAUCCUCUAUUCCUCCUCCAUAUGACAUUCCUUUCUCUGGUGCCUCGGCCUAUCAUUACAAUUAUGGCAGCCGCAUAUCUGGUGGCAGUCCUUAUAGACCACUGCACAUGUCUGGACCACCACCCCAUUAUUCUGGCGGAUCCAUAAUUGGAAAUGGUGGGAUGUAUGGGAUGCCCCCAUUGAUGGACCGAUAUGGCUUGGGCUUGCCAAUGGCCCCUCCACCAAUGGGACCAAGACCAGCAUUUUAUCCAGAUGAUAAAUCUCAGAAAAAAGAUGCAGCACGUGAUAAUGACUGGACAUGCCCAAAAUGUGGAAAUGUCAACUUCUCUUUCCGAACUGUUUGUAACAUGAGGAAGUGCAAUACACCAAAGCCUGGAUCACAGGCUGCAAAAUCAGAAAAGAAUUCCAAGCAAAAGAUGCCCGAAGGUAGCUGGAAGUGUGAGAAGUGUAACAACAUAAACUUUCCAUUCAGGACCAAGUGCAACAGGCAGAAUUGUGGGGCUGACAAACCUGCUGAGACAAAGAAGUCUCCUUCACCAGCACCAAGUGAAAAUGAUCAGUGAGUACUAGGGCAUGUUUGAGGGUUGAGAAGGUCCAGAGUUGUCAUCCAGCAUUGCUCAAUAUGGGUGGGUGUCUGAAAGUCAGUCUUGUCGUCCUCAUGUUGCAGCGGUUGUCAAGUUACUCUACUUUCUCAUGAUCAGUGUCCAGUUGUUGUACUAAUGCUUUGGUACCUAUGGUCUUAAUGGAUCCUUGAUGCAUUAUGUUAUGUGUCAACCAUGUUAAUUUGGAAAAAGUAUUUUACAGGUUGGUUGUGGUUUCUAUUAGUUAGGUUUUGUACUUUCGGAAUCAACUCAUCUUUUCUAGUAGGUUUGUUAUCUUGGAUUUUAGAUAUCUUGGUAGUGGCAAGAUGAUACAGGCUGCAAGAUCCUGGUUUUGAUUUGGUUUUAUAAUGUCUCUGCUGAGUUAGCCGUAGAAGCUUCUUUCAGAAGCAUAUGGAGUAUUCAACUUCCUAAUUUAUUUUGUAUCUCCUGCAUGAAAGUCUUGGGUUAUAGAAUGUGUCUGGCCAUUAUAUAGUUGCCUAUAGGAUAUGAUUACCUCUUUCUUUCACGUUGUUGCCUCUGGUGUGAUCCAGGUAUGGAUCUAUUCUCGUGAUUUUUAAGGAUUCUCUACAUUACUCAAAGAUUACUUCUAGUUUCAUGCAACCAGGAAUUUCUCAGGGAGACAUUUGCCCAAAGAGUACUUCCUAUUCUUACAUCAUUCUGGUCCAUUAAUCUGUUGUAUGGUAUUCCCAUCAUAGGGGAUAAAUUUAUAUCCCCAUGGCAACUCAAGAAACUGUUGUCCUGUUGGGUACAUGAAGGUUCCUGUUUGAGGAUCUGUUUUAGUAUGUGAGGCUUGUGGGAUGCCAUGACGCCUUGUUGGUAACUGAUUAUGAGGAAUUUCGGAUCCUUAUAGAAGAUUAGAGUCAGUCUGUAUGUUAUGUGUAUGGCCUUCUAGAUGGUGUUGCUUGUCAUUUUUUUUUUUUUAAAUAAUUUUGGCCAAAGAUA